GUGCCCAUCUGGCUAAGGCAGCGCACUAGCCCUUCCGUUAUCAUCCCAUUCUUCUUACUAUUUGGCCAUCCUCUUCGCCACCUCGGCUCACCUCCUGUCGUGGUUCCUGCAUAUCUCCUCUCUCGCCCCAUCAACAACGUCCUCGACUUCAGACGAUCGCCGAUCCCUCCACCGCAACGGGGAUGCCGUGUCUUUUGGGCUCUCUUCGCCUACCGCAUGCCUGCAGUUCCCCGCACUAGCUUCGAGAUCAGCAAAAAGAUUGUGCUCUGUCACAAGCACCUUUACCAGUAA